UUUACGACGAUAUCCUUAUCAUCCAUCAAUUUUUUUUUCUUUCUUUUCCUUUCACUUAACGAACAAAUUUCGCGUAUUUUCUUUUUGUAUUACCAUCAAAGAAUAUAACAAAGAAUUUUUUAUUAUUAACGAACCCUUUCAAAAAAAGUAACGAAUAAAAAUAUAUCCUUAAUUUAUUUUAGUCACAUUAUUCAAAAUUGUAAAGUAACAAACACCGUAAAAAUGGGAAAUUGUAUAUUUCAACCAGCUGAUACCACUUACGUUGCUUCAAAUAAACGAAUAAAUAAAAUUUUAAAAGAAGACGAAAAGAAAUUAAAAACUGAAGUGAAGUUGCUUUUAUUAGGUGCUGGAGAAUCUGGUAAAAGUACAAUUUUGAAACAAAUGAAAUUAAUUCAUGCAGCAGGUUUCAGUAGUGUAGAGAAAGAAACAUAUAGAUCCAUUGUAUUCUUAAACAUCGUCCAAUCAAUUCAUUUGGUACUUGAAGCAAUGGAAUAUUAUAGAAUUCCCCUUGGUGAUGAUAAUAAUAAUCAAUAUAUAUCAUUAUUUAAUGAUCCACCGUGUAUUUCUAAAGGUGAACCAUUUCCUAUUCAUUAUUUGAUUCCAUUGAAAAAAUUAUGGGCCGAUACUGGUGUACAAAAAUGUUAUGAACGGGGUCACCGAUACGCGUUACAUGAUAAUAUGAGUUAUUUUUACGAAUCAUUAGAUAGAUUAUUUUUACAAACCUAUAUUCCAACAGAUCAAGAUAUUCUACGUUGUCGAAUGAAAACAACAGGAAUUGUAGAAACUUUAUUCCAUUUAGGUCCAUUAACUUACAGAAUGUUUGAUGUGGGUGGUCAACGUUCAGAACGAAAAAAAUGGAUUCAUUGUUUUGAAGAUGUUACAGCUGUAUUAUUCUUGGUAGCCAUAAGUGGUUAUGAUCAAUGUUUGGUGGAAGAUAAAGAUGCAAAUCAAAUGCAAGAAGCUUUAAUGUUAUUUGAUUCAAUAUGUAAUUCACAAUGGUUUGUGAACACUUCAAUGAUUUUAUUUUUAAAUAAAAUUGAUAUAUUUCGAGAAAAAAUCAAACAAUCUCCUGUCAAGAAAUAUUUCCCUGAUUAUCAAGGGCUAAAUGGAGAUUUUAAACAAACAACAUAUUACUUCAAACGAAGAUUUCAACGGUUGAAUCGUAGUGAUAUAAAAGAAAUUUACCCACAUUUCACUAAUGCAACAGAUACAAAUUUAUUGCGACAUAUAAUGGGUAGUAUAACAGAUAUCAUAUUAACACAAAAUUUAAGGGAUUUGGUGCUAUAAUUUAAUGAUUUUUACAGUAAUAUGAAAUCACAAUGGCUUACAAACCUGACCUUCUAUAUUGAUGUUCUUAAUUCUUAUUUAGUAAAGGGUCAUUGAAACAAAAAUCCUUUUUUUUUUUUUUUUAAUAAUUUAACAAAAAUUAAUAAGAGAAAAAGUAAAAGUAAUAAUGAUUAAUUGAAGAUAAUAUUUCUUACUAAUUUAUAUUGUAUUUUAA